CCCACUUUUCUCAAAAGUCUUACCCUCUUCCAUAGUUCCAAAGCUCGAACCUUUGUCUAUUCGAUACACAAUGUUGGAAAAAAGAAAUAUUAUAUGUCAUAAUUCAUAAUAUGUAAAAAGUUUGUUGCCUUUAAACUCAUCUUUCUAUAUUCAAUUCAGUUCUCUACAUAUAUAUAUAUAUAUAUAUACAUGGAUAGUUAGACGGCUAUAGAUAAAUACAGCUUUCACUUCUCCAAUUCUCUCUCUUAAAACCCGAGAGAGGAAAGGGAAACGUGUAGCCAACAUUCUGCUCACCUACCUCUUAGAAGUCAUCUUCGUCUAACAAUUGAAGUACCUGUGAGACUCGUUGAUUCUUUCUCCACGUUUGAAUAGCCAAGAAUUUUUUGUGUCUGCAAUUAUAAACGUUUUGUGGGGUCCAAAAUCCACCGCCAUUCUCGUCUGCCUUGACAAUGUGCUACUGGGUUUCCCCAGAAUUCAACAACAACAUCCACACAAACCACAAUCUCUCGCAUGAGUCUGAAUUCUCCUGAGGGUGUUUGCUAAUCUGGGUUCAAAGAGAUUUGGGCUUCAUUAAUGGCUUUAAUGGGUGCACCUAUCUGGGUUUCUGCUAAAGCUCCUUGUUCUCAACUGGGUGUGUCGGAUUUGGGGUCUAGUCAUCGUUUUGGACUUGCUUUGAAUUUGAGGUAUGAUCUUGAGAGAUUACGCAAAUGGGAAUGUUGUUGCUUGAGCGCUUUAACUCAGAAAGCCAUCACUUCUGUUGAAGAUGAGAAGCCAUAUGCGCCUGUUGCUGAUACGUCUGCCGAUACUGAAGAGACUCGGGACAAUGAGUCUAGGGGAUUUCACAAGGAUUUGAACCUUCUUCCCAAACCAUUGACUGCAAGUGAUCUUUCUUCCGCUGCUAAUGAUGGUUCAAAAGUACGAGUAGCUUACCAGGGGCUACCAGGAGCAUAUAGUGAGGCUGCUGCGUUAAAAGCAUACCCAAAGUGUGAAACUGUGCCUUGUGACCAGUUUGAAGCUGCUUUCAAGGCAGUUGAACUAUGGUUAGUAGAUAAGGCAGUUCUUCCCAUCGAGAACUCUGUUGGUGGAAGCAUUCACCGUAAUUACGAUUUACUCCUUCGACAUAGACUGCAUAUAGUCGGAGAGGUGCAGUUGCAAGUGAACCACUGUCUGCUGGGACUACCUGGCGUAAAAAAAGAGGACAUAAAACGUGUUUUUAGCCAUCCUCAGGCUCUUGCUCAAUGUGAGAUGAUGCUAAGUAAUUUAGGCAUUAUGAGAAUCAGUGCUGAUGACACUGCUGGUGCUGCACAGAUGGUGGCUUCAAUUGGCGUUAGAGAUACUGGUGCUAUUGCAAGUGCUCAAGCUGCAAAGAUAUAUGGGCUUGACAUUCUUGCAGACAAAAUACAGGAUGAUGACGAUAACAUUACUCGUUUUCUAAUUCUUGCAAGAGAACCCAUAAUUCCAGGAACUGACAGACCAUAUAAGACAAGUGUUGUUUUCACUUUAGAGGAAGGUCCCGGGGUACUAUUUAAAGCCUUGGCAGUGUUUGCUUUGAGGGACAUUAACUUGACGAAGAUAGAGAGUCGCCCGCAGAAACAGCGUCCUUUAAGAGUUGUCGAUGAUUCUAAUGAAGGGAGUGCCAAAUACUUCGACUACCUCUUUUACAUAGACUUCGAAGCUUCUAUGGCUGAGCCCCGAGCUCAAUAUGCUUUGGGACAUUUGCAGGAAUUCGCAAGAUUUCUUCGUGUCCUAGGUUCCUAUCCAAUGGACACAUCUCCAUAAAGAGGGAAAAUGUUUUUGGGUUGUCACAGCUGUUGGGGAUGAGAAAGACAUGGUUGGACCUUCUAGGUUUGUAAAUACAUGUGAUGAUAUAAUGAGAGCUGGAAGAUAAUAACCUUGGAGCACUGAAUUUUCCAAGUUAGGAGGAAAAGUUCAAUUCAUUUUGUAAGGUUUCUUAUUUUAUUGAUUUUUAAUGUAUAUCAUUCUUUUUGUUGGUUGAAAUCUAAUGGAGGUUUUCGGGACGCUACGCCAUAAAAUUGGAGAGGCGCCAGCUUUACUUUCAUGGAUUUGUGUAAUCAGCACAUCAUAUGAGAUAGUUCAUAACUCAUUUUCUGGUUCUUCUACCAUUAUUUAACAUUGCUGGUGGCAAUUAUUGAAUUUAAUUUCCUUGCAUGAA